GAAAAGGCGAAUAUCAGGAGAGACAAACCAAGAACCCAUUUCCCUAUCGAUACCAGAAGCCGACGGUCGAGCUGCUGGAUCUGGACACCAUGCAGGAGAGCUCCGAGAUAACGGUGGAACCAAACACUUCCAGGACUGCCCGGAUUCAGAGUUCCAUGGUUGCUGCUGGGAAAAGCCUCAGCAAAGCCCUCAGCUACAUCACGGGAGAGAUGAAGGAGUGUGGAGAGGGGCUUAAAGACAAAUCCCCAGUGUUCCAGUUCCUCGACUGGGUCUUCCGGGGCAUGUCUCAGGUGAUGUUUGUGAACUACCCCCUCAGUGGUAUCCUCAUCAUCCUCGGCCUCUUCAUCCAGAACCCCUGGUGGGCCAUCUCAGGCUGCCUGGGCACCAUGGUGUCCACCUUGACAGCGCUCAUCCUCAGCCAGGACAGGUCAGCCAUCGCGGCAGGACUUCACGGCUACAACGGGGUGCUGGUGGGGCUGCUGAUGGCCGUGUUCUCAGACAAAGGUGACUAUUACUGGUGGCUUCUGCUCCCCAUCAUCGUUAUGUGCAUGUCUUGCCCCAUCCUCUCCAGUGCCCUGGGGACUGUCUUCAGCAAGUGGGACCUCCCAGUCUUCACACUGCCCUUCAACAUCGCUGUGACCCUGUACCUAGCGGCCACAGGCCACUACAAUCUCUUCUUCCCCACGACACUGCUGCAGCCUGCAUCCUCCGUGCCCAACAUCACCUGGUCAGAGGUCCAAGUGCCCUUGCUUUUGAGAGCCAUCCCUGUUGGAAUUGGCCAAGUGUAUGGCUGCGAUAACCCCUGGACUGGAGGAAUUUUCCUUGUAGCUCUGUUCGUUUCUUCACCUCUUGUCUGCUUGCAUGCAGCAAUUGGAUCCACCACGGGGAUGUUAGCAGCGCUCACUCUCGCAACGCCCUUUGACUCCAUCUACUUCGGCCUGUGCGGCUUCAACAGCACCCUCGCGUGCAUAGCCGUGGGAGGCAUGUUCUACGUCAUCACCUGGCAGACGCACCUCCUCGCCAUCGCCUGCGCACUGUUUGCGGCCUACCUGGGUGCUGCCCUGGCUAACAUGUUAUCUGUGUUUGGAUUACCACCCUGCACCUGGCCCUUCUGCCUCUCAGCGCUCACCUUCCUGCUCCUGACGACCAACAAUCCUGCCAUCUACAAACUGCCACUGAGCAAAGUCACCUACCCAGAGGCCAAUCGCAUUUACUACCUGUCCCAGGAGAGAAACAGAAGGGCAUCAACCAUAACAAAGUACCAGGUCUACGAUGUCUCCUAAGUUGCCCUUUCCAAAACAUGUCACUAUAAAUUCAGCCUUUGGUAGGCCAUCCAGGUCCCCAAGCUAAAGACCACUUAACCUUCCCUUUUGUCUGUCCUAUGACUAUCCCCCAAGCUAAGGGAAAUACGUGUGUAGUCACCAUUCAGGGAUCUCUGAACUCUUAUGAAAGAUAUAAUUAGUUUAGACUUUAUAUCUGUAGCUUUCUCCCAAAGAGCUCCCUUUAAAGGGAACUUACCCUCUUCUGCAAAAUAUGCCACAUCUUUAAAGAGUAGUCACCAAGAAGGGGACAGAGAUUGGUGAUGUGGUCACCCAAUUCAAUCAUUGAAUGUAGCAAAGCACAGUACCAAGAAAUGUGCAUCAGCCUGGAAGACAAGAGGGCUGGCUCACCCCAGCUCUGCCACUAAUGAGCUCCCACCAUGGUGGGCAAGUCCUUCUUGGCUCAGCCUCUAUUUCUUAAUUGGUUUCAUGACAGGAAGAGAUCAAAAGUCCUUUCCACCUCAGAAGUGUUGAUUCUUCUUUACCUCCUACAAACUGAUAAAAAUCAGGAUGAUCAAUGAGUAAUACUUUGAGUUAAGUGAAAGAUGGAAGGGUUACCCAGAGAAGAGGCAGGAAGAUGUUAAUAUUCUAUGGAGGUUUAUCCUUGGAUCAUAGGAAGAUGCUCUCCAGACCUGGGGUUAGGAAUCUAAAUUCACUGAAAUGCCAAUAUGCCUUCCUGUACAUAACAGAAAUAUAUCUAGAAAUGUCCUAAGAUGAAACCUGAUCUUUAUCAACAUUCAAAUCAUAUUGUAAACAAGUAUGUUUCCUUCUGUAACAUUCAUGAUCAUACUCUCAUUAAACUGUUUAAGUUUGCAA